AUGGCUGAAGCUCCACCAGCAGAAAUUCCCCCAGAGGUCUUCGAGUCGAUGUGCAAAUAUAAUGAGGAACUAAAUGAGGCUGGCAUCUUGCUCGAUGCUCAAGGCCUCCGACCAACCUCUGUCGACAGUUAUCGCUUGAAGUACGCCACAGACAGCCCGCCGGAAGUAAUUCCGGGACCUUUUAAUGUCAGUACGGAAACUCAUAUUUGCGGCUGGUGGAUUGUCGAAACCAAGGAUGCAGAAGAGGCUCUGGACUGGGCUAAGAAGAUUCCGAUGCAAGGUGGGGAGAUUGUAGUUCGACGGGUUGGAUGCGUAGAGGAGUUAGGCGACGGGUUCACCAAGCAGUUACGUGAGCGUCAAACAAAAUUACGGGUUCAGAUGGCAAAAAGAGUACUCGAGCUUGCGGAAAGAGACAAUCGCUCUUCUUAA